AUGAAGUACACAGUGGGCGACUCUGGUGUUGUUGCAUACGUCUCUGGUGCCCAGGCUGAAGCAAUUUGUUUCUUGUAUUGUCGGAUUUUGCAUCUUUGUCAUCAAGGUUUUCCUUCCUGUGGAUUCUACUGCGUAACCUCUGCAGAUGGCUAUGUGUCUCCAGCCAUUCACAGCUUUGCAUUGGCCUGCGACGCUUGCACUGCAGCUUUGCAGAUGCACAGCUCCUGGCAUAUGAUUGCAAGGCAAGCCGCUGUUUCGAGACAGACCCCUGUGCCUCGCGCCGCGCUUUGCGCGGCUCCGGGACUCCAGGACUCCAGGACUUCAGGACCAGGAGUGGAUUUCUUCGGCAAAAGCGCGUGGCCCAUGUGGACGGCCUGGACGGAACUUGCAAGUCGGCAUUUAUCACAAGCCCUGCGCGGACAUGGAAGGCGAUGCUUGUCCUGUUGGCGCUGUUAUGUCGACACAUCUUAUGCUAUGGCCACCUUUGGGUACUUUUGGCCUACUUCUUUCCGCGUUUGA